ACCUUUUCACCAAAACCAAAGAAAUGUUAAUGUGGAGCAACAACAGCAGCGACCGAGAAUUUAGAAAAAACACUUCUAAAACUCAAGAUCUGCAGAAUUUACUCUUGAUGUUUUUUUGUUUUUUUCUAUCCUCAAAUGAAAGGUUGUCUUUUCAGGAUGUCACUUUAGUGUGGGUGAGCGAGCUCGGAUGCGGCGCAGAUGAGUGGGUUUGGGUCUUAGUUAGCAUCGAUGUGGGAAAACAAGCCCAAGUUAACCAUUUCAACACGACCAAAGUGUUAGUUUGCAGGUGUGCCAGGAAAAUAACAUCAUGACCGAUGAUGUGGUCUUGCUGGCUGUACCUGUCAUCCGGCAGGAGUUUCACUGGGACUGUGGCUUGGCCUGCUCCAAAAUGGUCCUAAAAUAUUUGCAGAGAGUAGAUGAUGACCAGUUUCAGAGAGCAUGCUGGGAGCUCAAACUGACGGAGAGCGUUUGGACCAUUGACUUGGCGUACCUCAUGUCCCACGUUGGGGUCCGCCACUGCUUCUGCACUCAGACCCUGGGAGUAGACAAGGGUUUCAGAAACCAGGCUUUUUAUAAGAAACAUUUUGACACUGAGGAAGACAGAGUGAAUGAUCUCUUUUUGAAAGCAGAGAGCAAAGGAGUUGUAGUGAAGAAAUGCUCUGUGUCAGUGCAGGAGAUCCAGUCCCACCUGCAGCAGGGCCACGUGGCCAUAGUCCUGGUGAAUGCUGUGGUGCUGUCGUGUGAGCUGUGUGCGGCUCCAGUCAAAUACUGCUGCUUUCUCCCGGUGGGACAGAAGUGCUUUUGUAGGAAACCAGAGUACCAAGGUCACUUUGUGGUGGUCUGUGGCUUUAACCGGACAUCUGAUAGCAUCUACUACAACAAUCCAGCUUACUCAGAUCGAGUUUGCAGCACCAGUGUUGGAAACUUCGAAGAGGCUCGACGAAGUUACGGCACAGAUGAAGAUAUCCUUUUGAUUUAUAAAGACCACUGAUGGAUCCAGGAUUUUUAGUUUAUUCAAGUAUUAAAGACUGUACAUCUUCAGGCCUGGUCUAUGCUGCUGCUGCUACUACGGGGGUGUUGGUGCUACUGUCCCUCUGGCUGCAUAGUAACACCUUUAUAUCUUUAAAGCAUCGAUAUUUGGCAGGGUCUGAAUUAAUUUCUUUUAUAUUAUUUUGAGAUGAAGCUAUAUUGAAUUUUAUUACAAAUGUACUGACAAAGUGUGAAACUUGUGGGAGAUCGAAUGAUGGAAAUGAAUGAAAUUAGUGUGCACAUAAUUCAGGGUUGAUGAUGUUAAAUAUUGUCUGUACAGCAUUGUAAGUCUGAUUUAUACUUGCAGUUUUCUUUUAAUGUCAAUUUAAUUAUUAUUUUACCCUAAAUGGUCAAACAGGGAAAACGAGACAGGUUUUAAACGUCUCAGGUAAUAAUGGUUUUUAAAGGGAUAGUCCGAUGUUAAAAAUUACAAUGGCUUGAUAAUGCAUUUGAUGGGCUAUUUAUCUAUUCAGUCUGAGCUUAUCCAUUGUUUGAAGUAGCAGACAGGAGCAAUUAUAAACAUUUCAUUUGAUUUUUGAUGCUAAUUCUAAGAUCUUAAAUGUACUGUGGUACAGAGUGCUGAUGUACAUACAGCUAAUGUUGACUGAGCAAAUUAUUUCAAACAAGGUUCUCUACUAAUAAAAUAAGUGUCUAGAGGUUAACUUGUUGAACACUUUCAAAACCCUAAAACAUUGAUCGAUUUAGUUGAUUAGGCUCAUCUUUAGCAUUGCUUCUGUUUACUUCUAUGCACUAAGACUAUUUGUGCAUCAUUUGAUUUAUUUAAAUGGCCUUCUAUUUAGUACUGAAUACAUUAAUGUAUUUAUGCAUGGUCCCUGUUAAAAUAAACCAAUAUAAUAAACAGUCACAAUACCAAACUACCCCUUUAAUAAAAACAGAAGAUAUUUCAGUUCAGCAAAUUGUUUCAUGGUUUAGAUUUAAAUGUAGUGGUUAUUGGAUAUUUAGUGGAUAUUUCAAAUAAAGUGCUGUGGCCAAUAAAACUGUGUGGCAUUUUCAAAGAAAUAUCUAAAACAUGAAAUCCACACUUGUUGAGUCUUGUUGUUGCAAGCUAGGUUUUCAAAUAUACAAAUAGUCAAAAAUGAUCAAGUACAAAAUAGGAUAAAGUAUAUCAAUUUUGAUCAUUUAAGUCCCGUUCUACUGUGGAAUUUUGUCCUGCCCACCUACUGAAUUUUUAAUUUUAACCCCAUAGAAUGUGACUAUGACGUCACAUGAACUCAGCCUAUACAUUAUGUGUCGGAUUGGCUUUCACCAAAUUAUUUUUACUGAAAAUAUUUUCAUUCAAAAAGUCAUCAAAUUGUGUUGCUUUUUAUGUUUCAUGUAUUUUGUUUUUGCACUACUCUUUACAAACCCAUCAUAAGGAUGUUUUAUUUAAUUUCUUUUAAGAAGUAAUUUUUGCUUCUUGCAAACAAAUAAAAGAGCACACACUUUAUUUUGUACUAGAGCUGCUUUUAUUAUUACUGUAUGUUGUAAAUAAAGGAUUUUAUCACAUG